ACGACCGCCGGGCCACCGGCGCCGGUGCCAGUGCCCGGGUGGCAGGAGCUGCUCGCCUCGCCGGACGCCGACAGCCUGCUCAACGCCCUCUCCGGCUAUGCCUUGACCGAGCCGCAGCAGGCGGGCUCGCCGCUGGCCGUCGGCCUCCCCAACCUGGAGAAGCUCGCCUCGCGCGACAUGCAAAGCUCGAAGAGGUUCCUCGAUGCCGCCGGCCUGCGCGAGGCUGCCCGCGAGGCCGGCCUGUCCAACCCCGAGAUCAAGGUCUGGGUCUGGCUCAUCAUUUACGCCGCGCCGAUUCCCGACCCGCCGCCGCGGCCGGAGCGGGCGCAGCUCCUUGGCGACGUGCGCCGCGCCGUCCUCGCGCUCGUCGUGGCCCUCCGCGCCGGGGCGGUCGCGCCACCGGCCGACGCGAAUGGCGACCGGCCCGUGCCUCGCACGCUCCUGACGGUCGUCGCCUGGGCCAUGCGGGCGGCGCGCGAGCGAGAGCCGCCGCCCAGCGCGCCGCCCUCGCCGCCUGCCUGCGAGGCGGACGCCGGCGCUCGGCGACAAGGCGCCGCGGAGGAGACGACCCGAGCCUAG